CUCUUAGGCUACAGUAGUUGUUUUUGAAGACUCAGUCUUGAAUCUUGAAUCUUGAAUCAUGUCUGGCAGAGGCAAAGGCGGUAAAGUCAAGGGCAAGUCCAAGUCCCGUUCCUCUCGUGCUGGUCUGCAAUUCCCAGUGGGCCGUAUUCACCGUCUGUUGAGGAAAGGCAACUACGCUGAGAGAGUGGGUGCUGGCGCUCCCGUGUACUUGGCUGCCGUGCUCGAGUACUUGGCUGCCGAGGUUCUGGAAUUGGCAGGCAACGCUGCCCGUGACAACAAGAAGACAAGAAUCAUCCCCCGUCACCUCCAGCUGGCCAUCCGCAAUGACGAGGAGUUGAACAAACUUCUGUCCGGUGUGACGAUCGCACAGGGUGGAGUGCUGCCCAACAUCCAGGCUGUUCUGCUGCCCAAGAAGUCGCAGAAGGCUGCCGGCAAGAGUUAAAUUCGUCCAUCCCCGCCCGGUGACCGUCCCCCAAAUGUCCUUUUUAGGACAACA